GUCUCGGCGCGGCCGCGCUCCUGCGUGGUCUGCAGCGACUGGGGCCCCGGGACGUGCGGGGCCGCGGGGCCGAGCCGAGGCGCCCCCCAGCGGCCGGCGCGGGCCCCAUGGCUGGGCCGGGCGGAGCGGAACCGGCGAGGUGAGGCCCCCGGGCCGGAGGCCGGAGCGCGUGGCGGGGGCGCCGGCUCCAUGGGCAGCAGCGCACAGCGGCACGAUGAUGGACGUUAACAGCAGCGGCCGCCCGGACCUCUACGGGCACCUCCGCUCUUUGCUCCUGCCAGAGGUGGGGCGCGGGCUGCCGGACCUGAGCCCCGACGGCGCCGGCCCGGUCUCGGGCUCCUGGGCGCCGCACCUGCUGCGCGGGGUCCCGGAGGUGACGGCCAGCCCGGUGCCCACCUGGGACGCGCCGCCGGACAAUGCCUCCGGCUGCGGGGAGCAGAUCAACUAUGGCAGAGCCGAGAAAGUUGUGAUCGGCUCCAUCCUGACGCUCAUCACGCUGCUGACGAUCGCAGGCAACUGCCUGGUGGUGAUCUCGGUGUGCUUCGUCAAGAAGCUCCGCCAGCCCUCCAACUACCUGAUCGUGUCCCUGGCGCUGGCCGACCUCUCGGUGGCCGUGGCGGUCAUGCCCUUCGUCAGCGUCACCGACCUCAUCGGGGGCAAGUGGAUCUUUGGCCACUUCUUCUGCAACGUCUUCAUCGCCAUGGACGUCAUGUGCUGCACGGCCUCGAUCAUGACCCUAUGCGUGAUCAGCAUCGACAGGUACCUCGGCAUCACGCGGCCGCUCACGUACCCCGUGAGGCAGAACGGCAAGUGCAUGGCGAAAAUGAUUCUAUCUGUCUGGCUGCUUUCGGCCUCCAUCACCUUACCCCCACUCUUCGGUUGGGCUCAGAACGUGAACGACGACAAGGUGUGCCUGAUCAGCCAGGACUUUGGCUACACCAUCUACUCCACGGCGGUGGCGUUUUACAUCCCCAUGUCUGUCAUGCUGUUCAUGUACUACCAGAUCUACAAGGCCGCGCGGAAGAGCGCCGCCAAGCACAAGUUCCCCGGCUUCCCCCGGCCCGAGGAGCCGGACAGCAGCAUCUCCCUGAACGGCAUGGUGAAGCUCCAGAAGGAGGUGGAGGAGUGUGCCAACCUUUCGAGACUCCUCAAACACGAGAGGAAAAACAUCUCCAUCUUCAAGCGGGAGCAGAAAGCGGCCACCACCUUGGGCAUCAUCGUGGGGGCCUUCACCGUGUGCUGGCUGCCGUUCUUCCUCCUCUCCACCGCCAGACCCUUCAUCUGCGGCACGGCCUGCAGCUGCAUCCCGCUGUGGGUGGAGAGGACCUUUCUGUGGCUGGGCUACGCCAACUCUCUCAUUAACCCUUUUAUAUAUGCCUUCUUCAACCGGGACCUGAGGACCACCUACCGCAGCCUGCUCCAGUGCCAGUACCGGAACAUCAACCGCAAGCUGUCGGCUGCGGGCAUGCACGAGGCCCUGAAGCUCGCCGAGAGGCCCGAGAGACCUGAGUUUGUGCUACAAAACUCUGACUACUGUAGGAAAAAAAGUCAUGAUUCAUGAUCAAAAGUGGAAUAAUGAAAACGAAAUCAACAAGGCAAGACAGAGGUGGAAACAGAACUCAACCAUUUGCUGAGGCCACGAAUGGAGUGCGGCUUGUCCUUUCCUGGGGUGGCUGAGACGUGACAAGCAGGGUGAUCUGUUGUACAAAGCAUGUUGUGAGAGAGAUGGUGACCUCUCGUCUUUUUCUGUGGAUCAGUGCUGUUGUGUGCCAAAGAAAAUAGUUUUCCGUUUAAGACAGCCAGAUCAGCUCAGCGGUAAGCACACAAACAGAACUGAGUCCCAGAAAAGAAACCGUUUCUGGUGCUUUGCGUGCGUCCAAGCCCCUACAAAUGGAAGAAAGUUCCAAUGCGCACUUCCCAUGCUUCCAAGUCUAGGCAUUGUGGUGAAUAU